AUGCUAUCCACUAUGUACCGAUCCGGUUUACUAAUCUUAUCACCUCAUGUGCAUCCCCAAAAAUUGUCGUCCUUAUUGAAGUAUGCCAAGAAUGUGGUGAAUGAGAAGCUAUUUUUAGCGGUUCCACAUAGUCCGUUGAAUUUUAUCUAUUGGAAAAAGACAGUUACAUUGUGUUACACAGUUGCUUAUAAGGUUUGCCCAUCGUUAGACGUUUGCCUUCUACUUCCCAAAACGUUGUACUUAAAACCCUCAGUAAAUGAGAGAAACCGAGUAUCAAGUUCCUUCUGGGUUUUAUUGUCUGAUCUCGGAUGGUUUCAAAACUCAGUUGUCUUAAUCAGUUGGCGCAUAACUUGUUGGAUUGGGAUUCGUAUUUCUGAUCAAAUGGGUUGCCAAUUUGUCCGUUUGGUGUGGAAUACAAAAAAUUAUUCUAUUUUCUCCAUAACUGAUAUUAGCUAUGCUCAAAAGCUUGCUAAAAAGGUGAAUGUUUAUUGUUUCAUUCUGACGGAACCUCGGGCACAUCAAGCAAAGGCUUAUCAUAUUCAAACAACUUGGGCUAGGAGAUGUACUCGGUAUAAUUUUGUCAGUUCAAAGGAAGAAAGGCUACUGAAGAUGCUCGCUGUUAACAGGACGCGUGGUUAUAACAAACAUUCAUGGGUUUCAAUGCGUGAAAAUCUUCGUGCAUUAUAUACUCAAACUUAUAAAGCAGCCUAUUUUUUAAAAGCUGAUGAUACAACAUACAUAAUUAUGGAGAAUUUGAGAAAUGCUCUAGAACACAUGAAUCCUCGCAAACCAUUCAUCAUGGGCCAUAUUCGUGAGAUCCAACCACAUGAACUCAGUUUGUCUGGUAGCUUUGGUUACGUAAUAUCACAAGCUGCUCUUGAGCUCAUCAUCCGUAAGGGUUUAGAUCAAUUAACUGAAUGUGGACCAAUUCAACAUGUUCGUGAGGAUGUUCAAAUAUCUGUAUGCGCAAAGGCAUUGGGUAUUGAACUAAAAGAUAGCAUUGAUAUGUUUGGGAACUCACGAUUCGGUAACAUCUCUAUUAAAAAUCUGUUUGGUCCAUUUAACAACGGAACACCACGAUGGAAUCCAAUCGAAGCAGAUUACACACAACCAGUGUAUGAUUUAAAGAAACUUCCAGCAAGCCCGUUACUCAUCAGUUUCGGUGGUUUGGAUCCCAUCAAAAUGUACAUUUUAGAGUACCUUAUCUAUCAUCUUAGACCAAUUGGAAUAACUCAUAGAAUUCUACAAGAAAUUCCCUAUUCAUCAAUUAAGAAGCAUAACAAUAAUCCAGUGCAUGCUACAUAUUAA